AUGAAGGAAUAUCAUGGACAUUAUGCUUUCAUCACUGGAGUUCUAAUGUAUGGGAUUCUUCAGGGUCUAUGUGUUGUCUUGGCUGAUACGAACAAAGUGAUGUACAAAGCUACUGGCAGCUCCCUGGAUCUAACAGUGAAAUAUCCAAAAGACUCUGUGUCAUUGGUUGAGUGGUUCUUUAAUGGGAAACUGUUUGCUGAGUAUUCUAAAAGCCGAGCUUACUCACAUUCCCUGAAUUCCCAGUUCACAGGACGGAUAAAAGACGACAAUAAUAAAGUUGGAAUAACUGUACAAGACCUUCAACUCCAAGACUCUGGGCCAUAUUCAGUGUUUAUAGAUUUAAGUGAAAAACAGCAGCCUACAGAGGAAUUUACAGUUUAUAUUCAAAGCCCCAUAACAGCUGUGCAGAUUGAGAAGACUGAGAUGUGGAAAGUGUUCACAAACAGCUGUGAUGUUGAUGUGAAGUGUGCAGCGCUCGGAGCUGAGAGAGUCUCCUACCUGUGGAGCGGCUAUAAGACUGGGAGUGGAGCUCAGCUGCAGUUCAGUCUCUCACCAGCAGAUGGAGACGUGACACUGAACUGCACUGCAACUAACAACGUCAGCAACAUGACUGAUACAGAGACACUGAGCUGUAGUCACAAUGUUCACCCCGGGGUGGAAGAUAAGGUUUUAAUCUUUGAUGUGGAAACACUAUUGUUACUCAUCAGUAGUCUAGUGACGGUGUCUCCAUAUCUGCUGGUGACCAUCAUCCUGGGUGUGAAAUGUUACAGAGCUCGAGGACAUCAUAAAAGCCGGUAUGCUGUAACUGUCACUGAGGAAUAA